AGUUGAAUUAGUCUCUUGCAAAUCCUGUAAGUUGAACAAAUGGCAAUCGGCACGAGAAGUACCAGCUCUUUAAUACACGUUCCCUGCUUAGAUGACUAACAGCAGCGUAAGUGAAUAGUUUAUAUCGAUAUAAUCCGUAUUUUGAAAAACUUAUCGAUCAAUUCACAAUUAUCAGUCGCAUUCCUAUUUGAUUUAACAAAAUUUGUGAAAUUUUUGUGUUAUAAAUAUAAGUAUUUUCCAAAUAAAUAAUAAGUAAAAAAUGGAAAAAUGGAUACGUGAACGUUUGAAGAAUUGUCUGGAGUUCGAAGUCCCAGAUGAUAUGGUCAAGUAUAUUUUGUCACUGAAAUCCUCGACCGAAUUUGAUGAAUACUUUGAAACCUUGCUCAAUCCAGAGUGUGAAGAUCAUCGUUCAUUUAUGGCUGAUUGUAAGCAACGUAUGUUUAGCAAACCACUACCCAAUAAGCGUUCACCACAGCCAAAUAACCAACAACAAAAACAAUCCAAACCGGGUCAGGCUGUCGCACAAGGUAAACAAAAUCAAAACGCCACGACUGUGGAUGGUAAAUUUGGUAAGCAGCCACAACAACAGCAACCAUCGCAAGGUGCUAAGAAAAAGUCAAAAUAUGUCAGUUUGUAUACCAGCGAUGGCAGUGUUAGUGGGGAUGUAAUAAUGAUGAAAGGUCGUCGACUCUGUGACUGUCAGGCUUCACAACAUAAACUCAUCAAUAACUGUCUCAGUUGUGGACGGAUAGUUUGUGAGCAGGAAGGUAGCGGGCCUUGCCUAUUUUGUGGUGAAAUUGUUUGCACCAAUGAAGAAAUGCAAUUAAUGAAGAGUGAUUCCAAAAAGGGUCAGAACUUAUUGAAAUCAUUGAAGGAAAAAGGUGGCGGCGAGGCAUUGAAAAAGGCGCUCGAGCAGCGUGAUCGCUUAUUGGAAUAUGAUCGAAAUAGUGAGAAACGUACCACGGUUAUUGAUGAUGAGUUUGAUUAUUUUGAGGAGAAUUCAGUGUGGCUGUCUGAUGCUGAGCGUGCUAAAUACGAACGACUAAAGCAGGAAAUGCAUGAAAAGAAACAUGAGAGUCGCAUUAAACGUAAAAUAAAGAUAGACUUUGCCGGUCGAGAAGUGGAGGAUGAACCGCAAAUUACCUCCGAAUAUGAAAAUCGUGUACUUAAGGAAAUUGCCGCAGCAAAGGCAGCUGCUGGUGACAAAAAUAAUUGGUCUAAUCGCAAAAAUUUGCAAAAAAUUACACCAGACACAUGUGGCACAGAUCCAAAUAUGGAUGAUAAACAUCGACCGAUUUAUAACAUAACUGCUGGUGGUAAAACGCUAGCCGUUGAUCAGCAUAUUAAUCGAAGUAUUUCAGCGUGCUCAUAUAAUCGUGUACAGGAUAAAGAGUUGUUAGAAAUGCAAGAUAUGCGUAAUUGUCUCUCGAUGCAUCAACCAUGGGCAUCACUGUUAGUAGCAGGCAUUAAAAAGCAUGAAGGACGUUCCUGGUAUAGUGAACACCGCGGCCGUUUAUGGAUAGCAUCCACUGUUAAGGAGCCACAUCCUGAGGAGAUUGAAGAGUUGAAAAAUUUCUACAAGACACAUUAUAAUGAUCCUGACAUUAAGUUUCCAGAGCAUUAUCCAACUGGAUGUUUGCUGGGCUGUGUACGUGUAGAUGAUUGCCUGGCGCAAGAGGAAUAUCGCGAAAUGUACCCAAAUGGUGAAUCUGAGAGUCCCUAUGUCUUCGUAUGUUCUAGUCCAGAGCUAUUGCCAGUUGUAUUCCCUAUCAAGGGACAGCACAAAAUAUAUCAAAUCGAUCCGAAGUUGCACAACACAGCUUGUAAAACAUUGCUUCGUUUGAGGUAUACAAAAACUUAAUUACAAGAUUAAAAAAUAAUAAAUAUUUAUGA